AUGAGCAUGUUACUGAAAUAUUUUCUACAGUUUUUUUUAAUAAAUAUCAUAGCCAAAGUGAUACAAAUAUCUCAUUGUGUUAAUUAUUACAAUAUGCAUAUUAAUUCACAAGGUAAUAUCUUGAGAAGUUCUAAUAAAUUUUUUCCACAUGCUAAUAAUAUAAAUAACAAAAAAAUAAACCAAUCAAAUUUGUACUUAUUUAUAAAGAAUCCACAUUUAUAUGCACAACAAAAAAACAUUCACUUUUUUAAAAACAACAAUCGUAUAUAUUCACAAUAUUAUAAAAAUGAGCCAUAUUAUAACACAUCAAAUCCUAUAUUUAACUACGAAAUCUUGGAUUUAAUUAAAAUUUAUGGACGAUUAGCUGACCAUUCCGAGCAUAUAUCUCACAACAUAAGUAUAGACAUAAAUAAAAAUAAUGAACUAGCCAAAGAUAAUAAAGACAAUGAUUAUACAAAUAGUAAUUCAAUACAAACAAAUGAAAAUGAUGAAACUAAACAAAGUACCAUAAAUUAUAUUUUAAAAAGAAUUACUUAUUUUUUUCAAGGAAAAAAUAUAAAUGAUAUAAAAACAAAAGGAUGUUGGUUUGAACAUUUUUUAAAAUAUGGAGAAAUGAAUUAUACAAAUUUUAAAAAAUCUAUUCAUCUUUUAAAAUUUAAAUGGCCUAAAGAUGCUCUAUUCCCAUCAUAUAAUAUUUUUUUAUUUGAAAAGGGGUUAAGUAAAAAUUCUGAUUCACCACAAAUUAGAACAAAAGUAGAAAAUUAUUUACAAUGUCAGGAUAUAAAUGAGCAUCUAUUGAAAACAUGCUUUUAUUGUUUUGGUAAUGGAAAGGAACAUAUCACUGCUUAUGAUGUUCUUGAUACUUUUCAAAGAUGGCACAAAAAUGAAAAAAAUAAAAAUUUAAAAAAUUUUGAAAAUAAUGAACAGCAAGGUGAUUAUAUAGACUGGUUUAUUUUCAAAAAUAAAAUCGAUUUAUGUGCAAUUAAAAUGCAAGAAUCAACAUAA